GCAAGAGGCAGCAUGUGUGAGAGAGUGUGUGCAGUGACGUUUGCGUAUGUGUGUGUGUGUUUGUGUGUAGAGUGAAGGGGACGUCUCACUGAUGCAAAGGAUUCCCCCUUCAGAGAGGACACGUGCUGCCAGUGUUUAAAUCUCCACAAGGAUAAUUUACUGUCACACACAGACGAGGAGCACGAGCGAAGGGCACACCCACUCCACCGUUUGAGGAUGUGCAGAGGGUCAUGCGGUCGGUGAAAGACGACACCACCACGAUGAGAGGAUGCUGGUGAUGCUUUAACCACAGUUGAAUCAUGGGAAACGCGGAGAGUCAGAAUGGGGACCGUGGUUUCUAUGGCGAUGUGACGGGACCACUCUCCCGUAAGCACACGUCCCGCUCGCUCCGUCUCUCCAGCAAGCAGCCGAUCACCCGCCGCUCCCGACACUCCUCUUCAGUGAAGCAGGAGCACAGAAACUCUGAAGCUUCAACUCGCUCCUCCAGCACUCCCAGCAUCCCACAGUCGUUAGCAGAGAACGGACUGGAACCUUUCAACGCCACGGAUGAGUUCGGAGAGUUCGGCAUCAACCCUCACUGGACGCAACGCGUUGCCAUGACAAUGAGGCCUGAGUCCUAUCAGCAAGAUGAUGACCCGCUUGCCACACCAACUCCUGAAACCUCAGAGGCGGACACCAUCGCUCAGGAUGGAGGAGAGGACUCCACGGGAGAGGGGGAGGGAGACGCUGCGGGAGAGGAGAGGUACCUCCAGCGAAUGACCGAGGGCCCCCGAGAGGGAGGCAGUUUUAAAAAGAAGCGCUCGAAGUCUGCGGACAUGUGGAGGGACGACAGCCUGGAGUUCUCUAUGUCUGACCUGAGCCAGGAGCACCUGACCAGCACUGAGGAGAUCAUAGAUGGAGGAGAAGAGGAGGAGGAGGAGGAGCAGUUCACACGCCCCAGUGCAGGCUCCGCUGAAAGAGCAUCGUCUCUGGACCAUCUGUGCAGCCAGCAGAGUCCCGGCCUCAGGGGGCCGAGGAGCCGCUACCCUAAAAACCGGAGAGAGGCUGAUUGUGACGGAGAUGGAGAGGAGGGGUUGAUGUCUCCGACCGAGGAGGAUGUCGGCGGCUAUGGAGCGUUCACGCUUCCUUGCCGACGGUCCCACUGCCUGUCCGAGGGCUUGGGAGGCCUCGGCAUGCCGGCGGCACCGUGCCCUGCUUUCCAGGGACGUCGUGCACAAACUACCCAGGACAUCUCUGCUGUUUUGGGCGAAGGAAGCGAGUAUGGCGACAGUGGCAUUGAUGGCGUCACCACGGAGAUAGACGGGGACGGAGAGCUGGUGUCGCGGCGCUGUAAGGCCAUGUCGGCCUCUUUCUCAGUUUACUCGGCUGCCGAGAGCAGCGUCUUCAACGGCAGCGACAGCGGAAGCAGCAGCGCCGGAGGAGGGGAGGGAAGAGGUGGAGAGGGAGGAAGGGGAGGAGUGUACGAGAAUUUCCGGAAGGAGCUGGACAAUCAGGCCUGGACACCGGGUCGGGACUGCACGGAGGAGGCUGGCUCCGCUGUGAGCGAUGAGCAGAGCAGCGGCACUCUCAGCAACGCGUAUCCAUCGGACACUCUGACCGGCUGUGCACAAGGCACGGUCAGGAAAGCAGGAGCUCUGGCCGUGAAGAACUUCUUGGUUCACAAGAAAAACAAGAAGGUGGAACCUGCAACGAGGCGCAAGUGGAAACAGUACUGGGUUUCUCUGAAAGGCUGCACCCUUUUCCUGUACGACUCGGACGGGCGCUCGGGUAUCGACCAUAACAGCGUUCCCAAACACUCGCUGUGGGUGGAGAACAGCAUCGUACAGGCCGUACCUGAACAUCCCAAGAAAGAUUUCGUCUUCUGCCUCAGCAACUCAGUGGGGGAUGCAUUCCUCUUCCAGACGUCCGGCCAGACAGAGCUGGAGAACUGGAUCACGGCGAUCCACUCCGCGUGCGCCGCCGUUCUCGCUCGGCAGCAUCACAGGGAGGACACGGUGCGACUGCUGAGAACCGAAGUCCGCAAGCUGGAGCAGAAGAUCGACAUGGACGAGAAGAUGAAGAAGAUGGGAGACAUGCAGCUGUCCACCGUCACAGAUGGCAAGAAGAGGAAGACCAUACUGGAGCAGAUCUUCUUGUGGGAGCAGAACUUGGAGCGGUUUCACAUGGAUCUGUUCCGCUGCCGCUGCUACCUGGCCAGUCUGCAGGGCGGCGAGCCCCCCAACCCCAAACGCCUACUGGGCUUCGCGUCACGUCCCACCAAGCUGGCCAUGGGACGACUGGGCAUCUUCUCCGUAUCUUCCUUCCAUGCACUGGUGGCGGCUCGGACAGAGUGCAGCAUCCGGAGGAGAAACCAGGCGAUGCCUCGAACCUUCAGCAAACGUCGAAGCCGGUUCUCCUCCCUGUGGGGGCUGGACACCACUUCCAAGAGGAAGAGCAAGGGCCAUCCCUCCAUUAACCAGGUUUUCGUCGAUGGGAUGGAGUCCACAAAAAAACCCUUGGAGCGCAUGUUCGAAGACUCCGUCAGUGAGAAAUCUAAGGAGACAGAGGCCUCAGUGAAGAGUCUUCCACAGCAGCAAGUCGACAGCUACAUUUGGGUUCCCGAUUACCUGACUCCCUCCUGGGUGUGUCUGCCAAACAAUCAGCCUGUCCUGGCCAUCAUACCGCCUGGGGACACAGCGCUGGAAGUCCUCAGCACCAUCUGCAAGAACCAUAAGAUAGACCGAUCCAGCCACUACCUACGUUUGAAAGUGUGGGUUGACAACAAAAUGCUCUUCUUUGUUCCUCAGCUUGAAGAUGACGUCUCAGAUCUGGUCUACAAAGAGAUUGAGAUUUGCCCCAAAACAACCAAGGUGAUCCGUUUUGACAACGCAGAGUCCUGCACCAUCGGAUACGGUUUUUCUGUGGCGGUCAUAGAUGAAGAUGGGACGCAGCAGCUCCACAUUACAGAGGUGAAAGCAGGAGGACUGGCCUCAGCCAAAGGUUUGAAAGCAGGGGAUGAGAUCCUGUUGCUCAACGGUAAACCCGCAUCUGCCCUCCAGAUGGAUGAUAUGAGGGCUGCGUUUGUGAACCAAGCGUUGACCUUGUGCGUCAGCACCCUGCCCCAGCUGGACCCUCGGGUGCUGUGCUCCGUUCCACCGCGGCGCUCUGAUGGGGAACAGGACCCGGCCACAGACAUAUUCUCCCAGAGCCAGGAGGACAUCCUGGACGAAGUAUCAGGUUUGACAGUGGAGAGCCCAGAUGAGAGUUUGGAGGAAGGCCCUCAGCUGACCCUGCAGAGCCCCCGAGAUAAUCAGGAAGACAAAACCUGCACAGGGGCUGGACAGAAGAGCACGGAGCAGGUCACCGCUUUCUGCCGCAGCCUCCAUGACAUGAAUCCCACAGAGUUCCCCAUGUCGUGCUCCUCAUCGUCGUCCUCCUCGUCCCUUUCACCGAGCCCUGUGUCAGCUUUGCCACCCACGGCUGGAACCGCCAAUCAGAGACAGCUCUCCCACGCAGACAAACUCCGCAAGGUCAUCAAUGAAUUGGUGGAGACGGAGAAGACUUACGUCAAAGACCUGAGCUGCCUCAUAGAGUGCUACUUGACACCUCUGCAGAAAGAGAGCUUCCUCACGCAGGAUGAGCUGGAUGUUUUGUUCGGGAACCUCGGGGAGAUGGUGGAGUUCCAGGUGGAGUUCCUCCGGACGCUGGAGGAUGGUAUCAGACUGGUGCCACAUCUCGACCGACUCGAAAGGGUGGAGCAAUUUAAGAAAGUGCUGUUCUCCUUGGGUGGCUCAUUUCUGUAUUACGCCGACCGCUUCAAGAUCUACAGCGCCUUCUGCGCCAGCCACACCAAGGUCCCCAAGGUCCUGGCCAAAGCAAAGACUGAUCCAGAUUUCAAGGCUUUCCUGGCCGAGAGAAACCCCAGACAGCAACAUUCCUCCACUCUGGAGUCGUAUCUAAUCAAACCCAUCCAGAGGGUCCUGAAGUACCCACUGCUGCUCAGGGAGCUCUACUCCCUCACCGACCCGGACAGUGAGGAGCACUACCACCUGGACGUUGCGAUGAAGGCCAUGAACAAGGUUGCGAGUCACAUCAAUGAGAUGCAAAAGCUCCACGAGGAGUACGGUGCAGUUUUCGAUCAGCUCAUCAAUGAACAGACUGCAGCCAAAAAAGAGGUGGCCGACCUCUCCAUGGGGGAUCUUUUAUUACAUUCCUCUGUGGUGUGGAUCAACCCUCCAGCCGCUUUGGUCAAAGGCAAGAAGGACCCUGAUCUGGCUGCUUUUGUGUUCAAGACAGCAGUCGUGUUUGUCUACAAAGACUCCUCCAAGCACAGGAAAAAAAUCGGUGGAUCUCACCGAGCGUCCGUGAGUGACGACAGGGAUCCUUUCCGUUUCCGUCACAUGAUCGCGACAGACUCUCUCCAAGUCCGUGCCCUCGCAAACUCUGAGGGGACAGCGGUGUGUGAGAUAGUUCACACAAGAUCUGAAUCUGAAGGAAGACCGGAGAGGACCUUCCAGCUGUGCUGCAAUUCUCCAGAUAGUAAGAAGGACUUCCUGAAAGCGGUCCACUCCAUCCUCAGGGAGAAGCAGCGGCGGCAGCUUCUUGGGACGGACUCUCUGCCGCUCAACCAGCAGUACGUCCCGUUCGGGGGCAAACGCUUGUGUGCCCUCAAAGGGGCGCGGCCCACCAUGAACAGAGCAGCUUCAACUCCAUCUCGAACGCUGACCCGCAGGAAGCUGGUGAGGAACCGCUUCACCAUCGACACCGACCUGGUUUUCCAUGGCAACAACAACAACAGCAACGAUUCAGACCCUUCCUCCUGCUCGCCACUUUUCCAGCGUCCAGCCGCCCUUCAGUCCCACAGGCCUCAAGGCGAGGACACGGACCGCUGGGUGGAGGAGCAGUUCGACCUGGGUCCCUAUGAGGUUCAGGGAGAGGUCAUCGACGUGGGGCAGGUGAAGGAGACGGACAUUUUAAGCGAUGACGACGAAUACUGCAAGUCUGUGCGAGCUGCGUCGGCAGAACCACCCAACCUGCUGGGGAAGAUGGAGGGACUGGACCUGCAGGGUGGAGAGAUAAGAAGUCACAACCUGAACGGACGAAUAGAGACAAGAAGUGGGGUGAUGGAGGAGGAGGAGGAAGUUGAGCGAAUAAAGCACGGUGAUGAUUCCUUAACCUCCUGCAGCGUCUCUCUGUCCCGCUGUGCAACCCCAACUCUGAAGCUCGCCCCCUUAAAGCAGUGCACCGUGGAGGGGGCCACAAACAACGACCACAACGUCAUCUGGGUGCGGCGGGACGACUUUGCCAAUGGGUGCAACAGUGACGUCUUCUGAAAUAAGAAUAAGACGACAAGAUGAAGAAAGGAGAUGGAGGCUUCUUCCACUUUUUACACAAAGUACAAGUGCAAGAAAGCGGAGGAUAGAGUGGAUAAAAGCUUUAAAUAUGUCAAAGUUGAAGGAGAACCUUGUAUAGAAGGUGUCAAACCCUCAGCCAGUCCUCCCUGUGUGACGACACAACCCUCCUCUGCUCACCUCCCCUCUCUCUUCCUUAUUCAGACAAUCCAAAAGUACUGAAAGAAAACAAAUGAACUCAGCUUCGUUAAGGUGUCUUGAAACCUAGAGACUCUCACCCUGCGCUGCUUCAACUAGAAAGAAUAGAGUCCUCACUGUCUUGGACGCACACGCAGACAUCACACACACGCACGCAGAAUUGUAUGUGAACAAGACGUCACAGUACACGCAGACAUAAUAACCGAGUGUGUGUUUGUACACUGCACACAGAAGCACAGAGACUCGAGGCAGCUACUGUACCAUGCACGCACUGUACUGAAGAGACGUCAUCACUGAACUGUGACUUUCUGGCCAAAAAAAACAAACAAAGUUUUAUUUUUUAAACACAGGAAUGUGGGUGAUCUAUUUUUCUGACUCGGAAACUGUGUUUGUAUUUUAAUGCUCAAGGGCUGUGUGUUACUGAGCUUCUCUUCAGGGGCUUUUGGCUUAACGACUGCUGCGUGUAAGAUGGCGAGAUUCAACUAGCUUUAUUGUGCUUUUUCAUCAUUUUAACUUAAUAUCAGCUGCACAUGGGUUUGCAGUCACGAGUACGAUAGAGUGCCGUUAACCUCUUGUAUAAAAAAAGUUUUGAAGCUCACUUUUGUCUCCUAGAAUUAUCCUUUUUAAAAUAUAGUAAGUCUUUAUUUAACUAUUGUAUUUUUACUGUAAUUUUGUAAUGUUUACACCACAUUCAGCUGCCCAGUGUUACGAGCCACCUCCUGUGUGUUUGGUGCCAGAACCGCGCUUGUGUCUUUCACAUGAAUGUUCAGCCUUUUUCUUCUGUUUUUAUUAAAAUGUAUUUCAUCACCAAUUUCAUUAAGUUCAUCAAAGCCCCAGAGGCAGAACUAUAUCUCCACGAUCUACAGCCCUGAUAUUUAGCAAAAUAUUUCCUCCAACGAUCCUGUUUGACUUGAAUUUUCUUUGGUUUUAAAAAGGUGAUAGAAACCAUGUCACUGUACUGUUACUCCGGGCAGAGGAGCGAUCAUGCAGUCGACCUUCAGAUGUUCUCCUCUGCUCUCUCCAGCUCCUUUUUUUUAAACUUUAAGCAUCAUCACAGAAUCUGGCUCAAACUUCACUCGCCUGUUUCCACUUGCAUUUAUUCUUCUAUCCACCAGGCUGUGCUGUUUCACUAUCUGUCAUCACAAACAGCCCUCAUGCUAAGAUCAACAAAGUCAUCGCACCUUAAUGGAUGUAUUGAACAUGCACUUAAUACCCAGCUGUCUGGGGGUGUGAGGAUCUGAGUCAGUCAGAGAUUUAGGAGUGUGAAGGGGGGGAAGAUAUUCUCUGGAUGUUCUUGUGUUUUUAUCAUGAUGACUCUGGCUUCUUAGAUUUUAGCUUCCUGGGGGAUGAUGCUCAGUUCAGACUGUGAGGUACAAUCACAAUCCUUGGAGGCACAUGCUGUGGGAAACCCCCUUUGACUUCUCCCUUUGUACUAAAACUGUGUUUGUACAUUUAAAAAAACCAGUGGAGUAUGAUUUUUAUGUUAAAUAAAUUUUCUAAAUUUAA